UAACGAGAGGACGGGAAAGACAUAGGACAGCAGGACUGACUUGCCCAGAAUGCACAUGGCUGCUGAAGGCAUUGUGAUCGCUCAGUGGUGAUGACGUCACCACGGCGCUCCUGUUCUAUUGGUUGGCAUAGGCGUCUCCCGCCGUUGAAUGAAACUGACCGUUGCUCGAGGAGAAAGGCUCUGCUAGGCGUACUCUGUGUGUUAUCUUUACUAGUGUUUAUCGGAAACCUUACAACAUGGCUACUUCUACCCCGAGUCGCUCAGCGGCCUCCGCUUUCCAGUCUCCGUCCAGGGGAUCCUCCACUCCUCUCUCGCCAACUCGUAUCACUCGUCUGCAGGAGAAGGAGGAGCUGCGGCACCUCAAUGACCGCCUGGCCGUCUACAUAGACCGGGUGCGAUCCCUGGAGCUGGAGAAUGACCGGCUGAUGCUAAAGAUCUCCGAAAAAGAGGAGGUCACCACUAAGGAGGUUAGCGGCAUUAAACAUCUGUACGAGGCAGAACUUGCUGAUGCUCGAAGAGUCUUGGAUGAAACCGCAAGAGAGAGAGCCAAACUGCAGAUUGAACUGGGGAAAUACUGUUCAGACCUUGAAGAGUUAACCAAGAACUACAAGAAGAAAGAUGCCGAUCUGGCUGCUGCACAGGGGCGCAUCAAGGACCUGGAAGGAUUAUUUCACCGGAGUGAGGCAGAACUUAGUGCAGCCCUCAGUGACAGGAGGAAUCUGGAAGCAAAUCUGGCAGACUUGCAGGCUCAGCUUGCAAAGGUUGAAGAUGCUCACAGUGUUGCUAAAAAACAGCUGGAAAAAGAAACCCUGAUGCGCGUUGAUUUGGAGAAUCGCUGCCAAAGUCUUCAGGAGGAGUUAGCCUUCAGGAAGAAUGUAUACGAGGAGGAGUCCCGGGAGACAAGGAAGCGACGUGAGCGUCGUGUAGUAGAAGUGGACAGGGGACAGCAGUAUGAGUUUGAGUCAAAAUUAGCCCAGGCCCUUGAUGAGCUUAGAAAACAGCAUGAUGAACAAGUGAGGGUGUACAAGGAGGAACUGGAGCAAACAUACCAGGCAAAGUUGGACAACAUCAGACUUUCCUCUGACCAUAAUGACAAAGCUGCCAACACUGCACGCGAGGAGCUUUCUGAAGCACGUAUGAGGAUUGAGACACUAAGUUACCAGCUGUCAGGCCUACAGAAACAGGCCAAUGCUGCAGAGGAGCGUAUGCGCGAGCUCGAGGACUUGCUAGCAAGUGACCGUGACAAGUUCAGGAAACUGUUGGACGCUAAAGAGCGAGAGAUGGCAGACAUGCGUGACCAGAUGCAGCAGCAGUUGACUGAAUAUCAAGAUCUGCUGGAUGUCAAGCUUGCUUUGGACAUGGAGAUAAACGCAUACCGUAAACUGCUGGAAGGCGAGGAGGAGCGGUUGAAGCUAUCGCCUAGUCCACAAUCACGUGUUACAGUAUCGCGAGCCACUUCCAGCAGCAGCUCCUCGGCAGCCCGGUCUUCUCGGAGCAAGAGAAAACGCAUCGAAACAGAAGAAGUGGAAGAGGGUGCCGAGAUUUACGGCUCUGCAGGCGGAGCAACCUUCAGAGCUACUGCCGGUGCUUCAGGCGCUGAGGGCUCCAGUAGCAUAGUGACCAGUGGUGCUCGCAGCAGCAGCAGAUUUCAUUUGUCCCAGCAGGCAACAGCCACCGGAAACAUCAGCAUUGAGGAGGUUGACCUUGAGGGGAAGUUUGUCCACCUGAAAAAUAAUUCUGACAAGGAUCAGUCCCUAGGAAACUGGAGGCUAAAGAGCAAAAUUGGAGAUGAAGAAGAAAUAGUUUACAAAUUCACCCCAAAGUAUGUGCUGAAAGCAGGUCAAUCUGUUAAGAUCUAUGGUGCUGAUGCAGGUGUUUCUCAUAGCCCUCCUGCGGUCUUGCUUUGGAAGACUCAGGGCUCCUGGGGAACGGGUAGCAACAUCAGAACCUACUUGGUUAACACAGAUGAGGAGGAAGUGGCAGUGAGAACAAUCGCAAAGUCUGUAUUGACAGAUGUAGAUGAAGAAGAGGAGGAAGCAGACUUUGGUGAGGAAGAUCUUUUCCACCAGCAGGGUGAUCCCAGGACAACAUCUAGAGGCUGUUUAGUCAUGUAGUGUGGGAUCUCUUCGACUUCCUUUUAUUUACUGCCAGAGCCACUGAAAUCUAUUUUUUAUAUACAGAAUCGGGUUCUUUUGAUUUUGUUAAUGUAAACAUUGCUUAGACACGCGGAAGACAAAAGCAAUCCACUGCCAGAAAUAUAUGCUAAUGUUUUGUUUUUCAAUACUACUGGAGUGUGUACUUUUAGGGCUUUAAUGGCGCAAAUAUUAGUGUUCCCACUAGCCCCCUUUUCAUAAAUCUGGUGUAGUUGGUUUGCACAUGGCUUGUUCCAAUUUACACGCUACGUAAACCCAUGUAUAUUCCUGUCAGAGAACCGAGACAUAUUUUAACUGUGCUAACUUUGAUUUAUAAUGACAGGUUUUUUCCUUGGUUGUAUUAAGGAUUUUAUUAAGGUUUUCACGAUGUUUCUAGAAUUUGCGGGGGGGGGGGAAUAAUGGCUCUAAUUAUUGGCCAAUAACACUAAGGUUUGUUUUGGCAUUGACAUUUUAAAAUGCAAAGCAAAACAGAGAGGUAGUGCCUCGGAUGUCGUAUAAAAAUAGUACAUAUUUAUUUUUCAAGAAAAA